AUGAUGCGACGGCCUCCUGGCGAAGGACGGCUUGUCGCUGAACAGCCCAGGACAAAGGUGUUGCUGGCUCUAGCCAUCUUCAUCCUGCCAUGGUUGUCGCUUGCCGAUGCUCAGCAGCAGCAGUACCGCCAGCAACAGUCCCUUGGCCACCAUCCACCUCCCAUCGCCAAUGUUCUUCACCCCAACGGCCCAUCCAACCCACACCUGGGCCCCGGCAACGACGACGAUGACGCGCGCGACAGCCAAGGACGGCGCCUGGCUGCGGGCCGUGGCCAGCACAGGUCUCCCUUCGAGGGUCAGCAGCUGGUUGGUAGCCAUGCCACCACUCUCCCCCAGGCCUCCGUCGCCGAGCGGCCACGGUCACCACGGCCCGACCGUGCCCACGAUGCCGUAACGACCGCCUAUGCGAACGACCGCGCCACCAAGCAGAAACGAUCAGCCGAUCAACACUACAACGAUCCUCACGAUGCGAGCGCCCUCGCAACUCUGGCUCCGGAACACGCCGUUCGAGCCGCCAAAUCUCCACGACAGCCCUCCGGCGUCCUUGUUGGUGCUGGAUUGUCCUCGACGCAGUCUGCGCGGAGUCUGGAGAGAUGGGAAGUGGAAGACUAUGCUCUUCUGGCGACCGUCGAUGGACAUCUCUAUGCCGUCAGCAAGGAUUCUGGCGACGUGCGUUGGCACCUCGAGGUGGAGCAGCCAACGGUUGAAACCAUCCAUCACCGAUCCAACCGGUCUCUCUUCGACGACCACGAUCCACACCCGCUCGAUGACUACAUCUGGGCCAUCGAGCCCUCGUACACCGGCCCGGUGUUUGUGUGGAUGCCCUCUGGCGUUGGCUCUGGCUUGAUGAGCACCGGGUUCUCCAUGAAGGAGCUCGUGGACGAUCUAGGUCCAUAUGCCGUACAACACCCACCCGUCGUCUACACUGGCGACAAGAAGACAACCAUGUACAUCCUCGACGCUGCCACAGGAAGUGUGCGUAGGUGGUUUGGACAAGGCGAGCAUCAGGUUGCUCCCGUCGCUACUUGUUUCCAGCCGAAGGGGUUCGUCGAUGCCGACACCGAGGAGUGUAGCGAUGCUGGAACCAUCGCCCUUAGUCGCACUGAAUAUACCGUCAACAUCCAUCGGCAAGAUGACGGCCGCCCCAUUGCAACCUUGCGAUACUUCGAGUGGGGGCCCAACAGUCAUGACAACGACCUGCAUCGACAGUAUCGAGCUAACCAGGACAAGCGCUACCUGACCAGCCGGCACGAUGGCAAGCUGUAUACCGUCGACGAUAAAUCCGGGCCGCAUGCCUUCUCAGCGGGCUUCUCUGCUCCUGUUGCCAGGGUAUUCAACGUUGCCCGCCCGCUGGAUGUCCCUCGGGGGACCAACCCCGAGCUCGUCCUGUUACCCCAGUCGGCGCCACCCUUUGCCAGCGAUAAAGCUGCCAGAGCCCGAGGCUCCAGCAUAUAUCUUAACAAGACAGAGGCUGGUAGCUGGUACGCUUUGUCUGGCACUUCGUACCCGCUCAUCUUGGACGCGCCCCUCGCACAGGUCAGCUUGCAGGACGGGACUGAUCAUGAUGACAACGACUUUUUGGUUGCCGAUGAAGCUUUGAUUGGGAUGCAUGCACUCGACGGCUUACGUGACGAGUAUUCGCGUGAGUCUGCGCAUUGGCCCAGCCUUCCGCCCGGACUACCCUCGGGACCGGACGACGGCUCUCGGACCAAUUCAUCAUCAGUACAAAUGCGAGAAGAAGAGUCUGAUUUGACGUCUGCCAUUGAGCGCGGGGUCAAAUCGUUUCCAGAGUAUGCCGCCGCCAGGAUGCGUGAGCUCAUCACAAACCCGAUUGUCUUGGUUGGCGUCUUGAUAUGGCUUAUCUACUGGCUCCGUACCCUGAAGAGACACAAUUCGGUGACUUCAGAGCAACCACGCACGACGGCUCUCAGGGCUGCCAUAGAGUCUUUUGAGCCUGUGAAGGAGACCCUUCCUGAUGGACCAACCUCCCAGCCAAUUCAAGCCGAUGAUGUGGCAAAUACAGCCGUUCAUGAGCUUGAGAUUCCGGCUGUCAAACCCGACAUGCUGGAGCCACCGCCUGCGGGCACUAUCGUGCCAGACAAGCUGGAGACGCCCGGUGAAGAGCCGCAACCUUCAACCGAGGCGCAGCUCGCACCUCAGGCCACAGUGGAAUCGCCAGAGAAGAAAAAGAAGAAAGCUCACCGGGGGACCAGAGGUGGUGUGAAGCACAAGCGAGGAAAGAAGCAGCAAGAUGCCUCGCAAACACCAGAGGACAAACCUGCGGAUAUUGACCCAAUCACUCAUGUUGACCAGAUGGUAGAGGCUCAGGAGCCGAAACUCAACCCAAAUGUCAAGUCCAUUGGCAAGCCCGAGGACAUUGGUGCAGGCGGAUUUGAAAUCAAUGGCCUGCGAGUCAAUUUAGAUGAGCAGCUCGGAAUGGGAAGUAACGGCACGGUUGUAUUUCCAGGGUCCUUCCAUGGACGAGAGAUCGCAGUCAAGCGGAUGCUGCACGAGUUCAAUGACCUCGCGACGAGGGAAACAGACCUCCUCCUAGAGAGUGACAAUCACCCGAAUGUAAUCCAAUACUAUGCCAUCCAUCGAGACAAGACGUUCUUGUACAUCGCUCUGGAGCGUUGUCAUGCUUCACUCGCCGACAUCGUUGACAAGCCACACUCAUAUCAGGAUCUCGCGCAGGCGGGCGAGCGAGACAUCCCCAAUGUCCUGCUGCAGAUCGCCAAUGGUGUAAGCCACCUACACAGCCUUCGCAUCGUUCAUCGAGACCUGAAGCCCCAAAAUAUUUUGGUGACGAUGACCAAAGAAGGCCGGCCCCGGCUGGUGGUCUCUGAUUUCGGACUAUGCAAGAAGCUUGACGGUGCUCAGUCAUCAUUCGGCCACACUGCCACGCGCCCUGCUGGGACUUCAGGGUGGCGCGCUCCGGAGUUAUUGGCUGAAGAAGACGCUCGCGACAACUCUACAUCUAUGACGAGCACCCACAGUGAAUCUAGCCAGCUUGUCAGCUCGGACCUCCUUCCCAACCGCCGUGCGACGCGAGCCAUCGAUAUUUUCAGUCUCGGUCUGGUGUUCUUCUAUGUGCUUACAAAAGGAAGCCAUCCAUUUGACUGUGGCGACCGCUACAUGCGUGAGGUCAACAUCCGUAAGGGUCAGUUGAACCUGCAGCCGUUGGAUGUGCUCGGUGAUUUCGCAUUCGAGGCUCGCGAUCUGAUUCGCAACAUGCUUCGAACCGAUCCCAGACUUCGACCAACAACGAAGGAGGUGAUGGCUCAUCCGUUCUUCUGGGAUUCCAAGAAGCGACUGACCUUCCUCUGCGAUGUCUCUGACCACUUUGAGAAGGAGCAGCGCGACCCGCCUUCGGAGGCACUCGCAACUCUGGAAAGCUUUGCUCCACGGGUUUGCCGGGGCGAUUUCCUCAAAGCUCUGACUAAAGAUUUUGUUGAGAGUCUAGGCAAGCAACGCAAGUACACUGGCACACGAUUACUGGACCUACUUCGCGCCCUCCGGAACAAAUGGAACCAUCGCGAGGACCUAAGCGAUUCUCUCAAGAAGUCUGUCGGGACAAGCCACGAGGAUUACCUGGGCUAUUGGACCAGACGAUUCCCCAAUCUAUUGGUUGUGUGCUGUGAGGUGGUUUACACUCUUGAUUUGCAGGAUAUCAUACGAUUUAGGGAGUAUUUUGAGCCGAUGAAGCCUUAG